GAAAAAUCGAUGGAUUCAUCACUUCAUGCAUGCCACAGCUCAGUCGAAGACUCAAGUAGAAGUGAUCUGAACAAUAAUGAUAACAAGCAGCCAGAGAGCUUCCCAGACAUGGCCGCAAUUCACCAGUCCACUGUUCUUGAACAGCAAAGAGUCUCACCCGAUGAAAUAACGGUCGGAAUGCAGCUCUCAAAAUCCUCCACUCCCCGUAGUUCAAUAACUACUCAAAAUCUGAUCACAACGCACCCUUCGGCAUCAAUCUCCACCAUUGACACACCACCCCCUCGCCCUCCCACAGCGCGUGGCACACGUACCCGACCAGCGACGGCACUCCGCUUUUCACUCAGACCAUACGCUAGCGAAGCAUUUAAUGGAUUCCAAGCAAAGGACGUCCCUCCUCUCAAAAACGGCAGCCGGCCCGGUACAGGAGCGGCACUACGUGGUGGGCGAAAGUCCAAGAUACACGAGAAUCCCAGCACAACUUCCAGAAACUCCCUAUCAUCGAAAGCACCAAAGUUCCAGGUCCCUCAUCCAACUCCGACACCCAUCGCCAUACCCCUACCGCCGCUCCGUAUCCGUAAAGGCAACCUAGGAUUAUCCAAUAGAAACACAUCUGCCAUUGGAAGAUAUGAGGACCGAUUAAAGGCUCUGGGACUGACGAGAGCAGGGACUGAAGCACUUGGAUGGGGGAAUAGGGUGCUGGCUCUCCCAGGGGAGGGAGGGAGAGGCACGGAGAGAAUUGGCGGCCUGGGUGAGGCUGUCUCUAGCACAACAUUAGUAGCACCGCCAGCCCAGACUCCGCGACCCCAUCCAACGGCUCACUCAUCUUUUCCACACUCUAUGGCUGAAGUACUCCAUCUCUUGCCCCGGCACCCCAGAGAAACCCCGCCGGCGUUUCUCUCAUUGCCAACAUCGACGCCUUUAAACGAGCCUGCCACCCGGCACGGCUCCAACACUUCGUAUAAGCAAGACACGAGCGUCUGUGUGCGGCCCGUUGCUGGCACUCAUUUUUGGGCGUCCGACAGUGAACGAUUUGACCGGACGCCGUUUUGGAAACUGGAAAAACAGAGGAGGUUGCAUGCCCAUGAGACUGUUAAAAGGGGCCACAGUGUUGUGAUUUGAGCUUGGAUUGAGUAGAAAAACUUUUGCUUGUGCUCUUUUACAAGAUAGAGCUGCUUGUUUUGAUAGUAUUUUGUGCAAGGACAGUCGAAACCUUUUACAUAGUUCGACCGAUGCCGAAUUAUCAAUUCUCAG